AUGUCCAGCCGCAAACCCACCAAAAAAGGCCCCAAGGACACUCUAUCAGUGGCUGAAAUGCUCACAACUCAGAGGCCGUUGCCACGUGGCACUGUGGCCGACACCAGUCUCAAUGAUACUGGCUCCCUGGACACAGCCGCCGCUGCAAGCACAGCCCCUGAAGCCUCUUCCCGCGCCAUCCUCCAAUCGCUUGCAGAAGUGAAGGGAUACCUGGCGUCAGCGGCGGAGGUGAAGGCCGAAAUCACCGCCAUUGGGGCCCGCACAACGGAAACGGAACACAGGGUGGAACAGAUGGUCACCGCACAAAAUGACACCGCAAAACUUUCCAAUACCCUCCGGCAAAAAUUCACCAACUUGGAGAUAGAACUGGAGGACAUCUCCAACAGGUCGCGACGCAAUAAUCUGCGUAUACUAGGCCUCCCAGAUACAGUGAAGGAGGAAGACAUAGAAUCUGUGCUUAUACAUUGCUUUCGCCAAAGCCUGCCAAACAUACCAGACCACCUAUGGCUGGUUGAUAGAGCACACAGAGCCCUCAGGGUCAAAGGCCCGAAGACCAGCCAAGGGAUGUCAUUAUGA